AAAACGAAGCACCACCUUGCACUGCUCAGACUCGGAUACUUUUCAACCAUCAGUUCCGAUACAUCCUUGACUACCCAUAAAGGACUAUAAACCCAACAUCCAUUCAAGUUCCGAAUUUCUAAGGCUUCAUUGGUUUUGAAAUUAUUGUCGUAAAAGUCGUGACCCCCAGAAUAGCAAAAAGGAGAUAAUUACCAUGAGUGGAAGAGCCCCAUCUAGAUCAUAUGAUAUGAUCAUGAAGUUGUUAUUGGUAGGUGACUCCGGUGUCGGAAAGUCAUGUUUGUUGUUGAGAUUCGUCGAAGACAAGUUCAAUCCGUCGUUUAUCACCACCAUUGGAAUCGAUUUCAAAAUCAGGACUAUUGAGAGCAAAGGUAAGAAAAUCAAGUUACAAGUGUGGGACACCGCGGGCCAAGAGCGGUUCAGAACCAUCACCACCGCGUACUACCGUGGUGCCAUGGGGAUCGUGUUGAUUUAUGAUGUGACCGAUGCCAGAAGUUUCGAAAAUGUUGAUAACUGGUAUCAGACGGUUACCCAGCAUGCCAAUGAAGAUGCACAAAUUUUCCUCGUGGGUAACAAAUGUGACGAUAGCGAAGGCAGACAGGUGUCUACCGAACAAGGACAGGAGUUGGCAGCGAGGUUGAACAUUCCAUUUUUAGAAGCCAGUGCUAAGUCCAACAUCAAUGUCGAUUCGAUAUUUUAUGAGUUGGCAAGUAUUAUUCAAGACAAGAAUGUUGAUGCAGAACCAGAGAAAAAGAGCACGGGAAUUGAUGUUUCGAAGGGAGCGUUGUCCAAGAACUCUUGUUGUUAAGAGAUUGGAGAUUGUAUUUGAAUAUAUAGUUGUAUGAGUAGAAAUGUAAUCGAUCUAAAGCU